AUGACCGAUAUCAAUAUCGGAAGACACAGAGAGAAAAUUUCAGAGACUCACAGACGAAGAGAGAGACCAUACAGAGACAGAUACUUCAUUGCUGGUGAUGUUAACUCCAGUGGAUUGGCAGCAACACGUUCAAAACGAGACCGGAAACAGAAAGGUGGGCGAGUAUUAGCACUGGAGCGUUUGAAGAAAGCCAAGGCUGGUGAGAAAAUAAAAUAUGAGGUGGAAGACAUCACAAAUGUUUACGAGGAGCUUGAUGAAGACCAGUACUCAAAACUUGUCUGUGAGCGGCAGGAAGAUGAUUGGAUAAUUGACGAUGAUGGGAUUGGUUAUGUGGAAGAUGGCCGAGAAAUCUUUGAUGAUGAGCUGCAGGAGGAUGUUUUUGAUUCGAAAAACAAAGAUAAAGAAAAAAAUGUUAAGAGUAAACAGAAGAGAAAUGUGCCUGUUUCAAAGCCCAACAACAUCAAGUCCAUGUUUCUGGCCAGCAUUGCCAAGAAGAAAACUGAGAAAGAUGUUGACUUGUCCAAAGAUGAUCUGCUUGGAGAUCUGCUUCAGGAUAUUCAUGCUGAGACAUCCCCCAUCCCACCACCGCCUGUCAUUGCCCUGAAGAAGAGAAGGCCUCCAGGAGUAUCAUCAGUGAAUCCAUUUUCUGUCAAACCACCUACUCCUAAGAAUUCUUCAGCUCCUCAUCGAGCGAGCAGUUCAGGGAGGAACUUUCCGGUUACUACAGAAGAAGCCUGUGCUGUGAAUGCAGUCCAGCCUGUUCCAGCCAACUCCUCAAUCAAACAAAUGAAGCAAGACCAGAAAAAGCUGAAGGUGGGGAAAGAAACUAAUGAUCGAGAGGCUGUAACUACAAAACAGGAGGAAGAAUGUGCUGAUGAGGAUGCCAACGCAAUGGAGUUUGUUGAAGGAGACUUUGAUGAACCAAUGGAGGCUGAUUCCUCCUCCUCAGUGAAGGUGGAGGUGGUGAAGUCUGAGAACAACAUUAAGAUGGAGGAGCCAGAAGAGGACAUCAAACCAUUUUUGAAGUCCACUGUCCCCAAAUCUUCCUGUUGGGAGCGCAUGAGCCAAGAUGACAGUGAUUCCACGGUGGUUGAUGUGCAGCUAGAUGCAGGUCGUUUACCCUUAGUUACGGGUUCAGAUGGAGAUCAGGUCUUUAGAUUCUACUGGGUGGAUGCUUAUGAGGAACAAUAUCAUCAACCAGGGGUGGUGUAUCUUUUCGGCAAAGUCUGGAUUGAAUCGGCGAAGACUCAUGUCAGCUGCGCUGUGGCUGUGAAAAAUAUCGAACGCACGAUAUACCUGUUGCCACGAGAAACGCGCAUAAACCUUAAAACUGGCGAGGACACAGGAGUACCUGUAGCUAUAUUGGAUGUUUACAAGGAGUUCAAUGAGACUAUUUCUGAAAAGUACAAAAUAAUGAAGUUCAAAUCAAAGAAAGUGGAGAAAAGAUACGCUUUUGAAAUUCCAGACAUCCCUGAUACGUGUGAAUACUUGGAAGUUAAAUACACAGCUGAUCUACUGCAGCUUCCUUUGGAUUUAAAAGGAGAAACCUUUUCCCAUGUGUUUGGCACCAAUACAUCAAGCCUUGAGCUUUUGCUCCUGAACAGAAAGAUGAAGGGACCAAGCUGGCUGGAAAUCAAGACACCACAGCUCUGCAAUCAGCCCAUGAGUUGGUGUAAGGUGGAAGCAGUAGCACUGAAACCUGAACUUGUGACUGUGCUGAAAGAUAUUGCUCCUCCACCACUUGUGACCAUGUGCAUUAGCAUGAAGACCGUGCAGAAUUCGAAAACGCAUCAGAAUGAGGUUGUGGCCAUAGCAGCCUUAGUACAUCAUGAAUUUCCUGUGGACAAAGGUGCUCCCCAGCCUCAGUUCCAGACCUACUUUUGUGUCAUCAGCAAACCCAGUGACUGCAUCUUUCCUUAUGAUUUCCAGGAGGCAGUGAAAAGAAAAAAUGUCAAAGUCGAGAUUGCUGCAACUGAAAGAACUCUCUUGGGCUUUUUGCUGGCAAAGAUUCACAAGAUUGACCCUGAUAUUCUUGUGGGCCAUGAUAUAUAUGGAUUUGAUCUCGACGUUCUGUUACAAAGGAUCAAUGCUUGUAAAGUUCCUCACUGGUCGAAGAUUGGUCGAUUGAGGAGAUCAGUCAAGCCCAAGCUCGGGGGUCGAGGUGGAUUUGCUGAAAAGAAUGCAGCUUGUGGUAGGAUGAUUUGUGACAUUGAAAUCUCUGCAAAAGAGUUGAUCCGAUGCAAGAGCUAUAACUUGUCUGAGCUGGCUCAUCAGAUCCUGAAAAUCGAGAGGGUUGCAAUUCCAGUAGAAAAUAUCCGUAAUCUUUAUAGUGAUUCACCUCAACUGAUGUACAUGCUAGAGAAUACCUGGACAGAUGCAAAGCUUAUCCUGCAGAUCAUGUGUGAGCUGAAUGUCCUUCCUUUGGCUCUGCAAAUAACCAACAUUUCAGGAAAUGUCAUGUCAAGGACAUUGAUGGGAGGCCGCUCGGAGAGAAAUGAAUUUUUGCUGCUGCACGCCUUUCAUGAUAAAAACUACAUUGUCCCAGACAAACCUUCCUUCAGGAAACCUGUACAGGAACAUGCAGAUGAUGACGAUGAACUUGUACAGGGAGGUGCUGGCAAACUGAAGAAGGGACGGAAAAAAGCCGCUUAUGCUGGUGGAUUGGUCUUGGAACCAAAAGUUGGUUUCUACGACAAGUUUAUUUUGUUGCUGGAUUUCAACAGUUUGUAUCCAUCAAUAAUCCAAGAGUUCAAUAUCUGCUUUACUACCGUGGAGAGAACUGCUGCAAAUUCUCAAAAGAAUUUAGAGGGGGAAGAACCAGAAGAAAUUCCUGAGGUACCAGACGUAGAUCUGGAGCUGGGUGUUCUCCCCAAGGAAAUCCGCAAACUAGUGGAGAGGCGGCGUCAGGUCAAACAGCUGAUGAAGCAGCCAGACCUAAAUCCAGAUCACCAUUUACAGUACGACAUCAGACAAAAGGCCCUGAAACUUACAGCUAAUAGCAUGUACGGCUGUUUGGGAUUCUCCUACAGUAGGUUCUAUGCCAAACCACUUGCUGCUCUGGUCACCUACAAAGGACGAGAGAUUCUCAUGCACACCAAGGAGAUGGUCCAGAAGAUGAACCUUGAAGUCAUUUAUGGUGACACGGAUUCCAUAAUGAUAAACAGCAACAGCACAAAUCUGGAGGAGGUCUUCAAAUUAGGCAACAAAGUUAAGAGUGAAAUAAAUAAACAAUACAAAUUAUUGGAGCUGGACAUUGAUGGUGUCUUCAAGUCAUUGCUGCUAUUGAAAAAGAAGAAAUACGCUGCCCUGGUUGUCGAGCCAACUGCAGAUGGACAUUACGUCACAAAACAGGAGCUAAAAGGAUUGGAUAUUGUGAGGAGAGACUGGUGUGGCUUAGCAAAGGAAAGUGGAACUUAUGUUAUCAGUCAGAUUCUCUCUGAUCAACCCCGAGACACGAUUGUGGAGAAUAUUCAGAAGAAGCUAAUGGAGAUUAAGGAGGGUGUUGACAAUGGCAGUACACCCCAGAGCCAGUUUGAAAUUAACAAGGCUUUGACAAAGGAUCCCCAGGAUUACCCAGAUAAGAAAAGUUUGCCUCAUGUCCAUGUUGCCAUGUGGAUAAACUCUCAAGGGGGACGAAAAGUGAAAGCCGGGGACACCAUCUCGUACAUCAUUUGUCAAGAUGGUUCAAACUUGAGUGCCAGCCAGCGAGCCUACGCGCCAGAGCAGCUGCAGAAACAGGAAACACUGACAAUUGACCUGCAGUACUAUCUGUCCCAGCAAGUGCAUCCAGUGGUGGCCCGAAUUUGUGAGCCCAUUGACGGGAUAGACUCUGCGCUGAUUGCUACUUUGCUGGGUCUGGAUCCAACUCAGUUUCGAAUUCAACAGCAUAAAGAUGAAGAGAGUGAUGCGCUGUUAGGUGGCACAGCCCAGAUUACAGAUGAAGAAAGGUAUCGCGACAUGGAGAGGUUCAAGUUUGCAUGUCCGAAAUGUGGAACAGAAAAUGUGUACGACAACGUAUUUGAUGGCAGUGGGCUGCAACUUCAACCCAGCUUGCUUCACUGCAGUAACGUUGACUGCGAUGCGUCACCAGUGACCUGUGUGGUGCAGAUGCGCAACAAGCUAACUGUGGAUAUCAGGCGACAUAUCAAAAGAUACUACAGUGGCUGGCUGGUCUGCGAGGAACAAACUUGCCAGAAUCGCACACGCCAACUUCCUUUUGCCUUCUCUCGAACUGGUCCAAAAUGUCAAGCCUGCAUGAAGGCUAUACUUAAACCAGAGUAUCCCGAUAAGGCGCUGUACACUCAACUGUGCUACUAUUCCUAUAUAUUUGACUGGGAUUAUGCAACUGAAAAGGUUCUGCCCGAGCAGGAAAAAGACAUUGUGAAGAAACAUUAUGGUCCUCAGUGUCCAGAGUACUUGGAGUAUAAGCGUCUCAAGGAAGUCCCUGAUAAUGCACUGGUUUUAAGCGCCUACUCCGAGGUGAACCUCAGCAAACUGUUCGGGGCACUCAAUACAUACAAAUAAAUCAAGAAUAUCCUUGUGCCCUUCCAAACAGCACCUCCUUUUCCAGUUAAAGCCAGUGGACUAAUUUGUGUGUGAGAGUAAAAUAACUAUGAAACAAACAGUUCUUGGGAUUUCAGAAACUGUUUGGGGAGCCCUUCAAGUGUGAGACGUGCAGUCAUGAGUUGUCUUGGAAGUUGACCCAGACAACUUGAUGUGGGAAUUUACAGAAAGAUAGAUUAGAAAAGAGCUCAACGGUGUCAUUCCAUGGACUCAUUAAUGUUUGUGUUGUCAUCCUUUAUGUACUUUCCUAUCAAAACACACCAAUUAAAACUAUAAAGAGAUGAAAGCAGUUGAUUAAAAAGGCAGCUGGAGGAAGCAGUGUUGAAAUUGGUAAUUUUUUUCGGGAAAAAAAUCUGCGUCGCCAAAGCUCACAGGAUAGGAAAUGUGAAUGGUUGGGAUCAUGGUGGAGCACACUCACCAGGCACUGGAACAACAGACCUCAUUUACUAACAAACUGAAGUACAUUGGAUUGAAGAAGUCCCAGACAAAUGCAAGCAGUUAAGUUGUUAGCUGACUUUGAAUAGAGCACAACCAUAUCUGUUGAGUCUCCUCCGGUUUUAAUGCUCCGUUCAGAGUUACAAUACCAGUAGCUUAUUGCAGCGAGAAAGACUUUCAGUCUUUUUUAAAUGAAAACAUGUUGGUUGUAAUGUUUUAUGUAAGAAAACGUAUUUUAUGCAUACAACGUUAGUAGAUUUUGAAUAAGAUAAUUUCUACAUUAUUGAGGAAUGACAUGCGUCAUUUAAAUGAUGUUUAGAUAACUGAUAAUUUCAAUAAAGUAUAUUAA